CAACAAACGAACAACACGGAUCCCGCGCUUCAACAUGCUAUAGGCCAACCAAUUUUCCGUACGCAUCGUUUCCUUGCUCGAGGAAACAUUUUUUUGGAAGAAACGCCAUUUGGAGGGUGAUCGCGCGAAUUUUUUGAGCAAUUGGACAACGCCGCCGAUCAACCUCACAGGCCCCCUCUUUGAUCGUAAACGUUUAUCAUAGUUUAAACUUAUACCGAAGAAAAUGAUUUUGAGAUAAAAAAUAUUUCGAUAACCUGUUGGUUAAACGAAACGAUCAUGGCGGGGAAAGGUUUCUGUGUAAAAGUAAAACUUGAAUUACACGCCAUAACGUGUCCGGGUGUAUGGUUGUGUCCUAAUGGGGAAAUAGCGCUGCGAAUAACCAGUCUUGGUUCCGUCCUAGAAUCUCACAGAGUAUCACCGAUUUUUCCACUAUUAUUUCACAACGAGUUUAACUUUAAGAAAACUUUCACACGGCUGGCUGCUUUGACAGAGUUGCAACGGAUUCUGGAGAAGCAGCCUUUCUAUGCGGAAUUGAUACAAUGGCUUAACCCGUGUAAUCGACCCAUCAUCUUGGCCACCUUUCAUACUACUUUAGCUGAUCUUCUCUAUCCCGUAGCUCAGUGCAAACGUUUACUACCUGGAGUCGACAUUGAUCUACUUAUGGAUCCCACUAAAUAUUUCCCUGGUAUUAUAGCACCUAAAAUCGAGAUUUCGACAAAAACAGUCAUAGAAGAAGUAAAAACGAUUUACUGUUCAAAUGUUGACCAAUCUUGUGUAUUGAAUCCAAAAACAAUCAAUUCUAAGCAAAAAUCUUACACUCACAAAAAACGAGCCGUCAAAGGUAUUAUCAGGCAAAGAAAAGUUUGUCAUAGUCGAGCAAAAGCGAAAAAUCAAGUUUGCUAUCCUGCACGGCACCGAUGCAAAUCAUGUAGCGAUAUAAUGCGCCCAUAUCAGAUUGAACCAUAUCGAACUAGUCAAUGUUACCAUCCAUUGAAACAGAAAUUAAAAAGCCAAAAGAAUCUUGCCAUCCAAAUUGACGCAAAUGAUGCAUUGUCAUCACAUGAAAUACCUUUUAUUUGUGGCAAUCUGCAUAUCUUUGAUAGCUGCCCUGUCUGUUUGAAGUAUAAAUGUUAUUUUUCCAGUGAAUGUGACGGUACUUCUCCCGAUAAGUCGAUUCCAACAAACUUGUAUAAUUGUCAGCAUUACGGAUGUCAUAAUUGUUUACCGAAUAGCCAGUUGUCGCGAGAACCUAUUUCUACAGUACCAGGCUUGGCAUUUUCGGCAAAGGAUUCCAAAUCAAAUGUAUAACUUCCAUUGCUCGUUAAUCGUUUUUUAUAAUAAAAUGAAAUCAUCAAGAAAGAAAAAAAAUACACAAAAAUAACAACA